CAUCAUCUAGAGUUGUUGAGGAGUUGCUUCAAUUUGGAACACAAAUGAAAAAGCUGGAACGUGUUAUACGGAUAUGCAAAACAAACCCAAGGUGAAAAGCGAAAAAGAAAAAGAAAAAUGAUCAUCAUGUGUGCGUGUAACGGAUGGAGAACACUAGUAACACAAAAUGCAAACAUAAUAGGCGCUAUGGCUUAACAGGCACUGCGUUCGCGUGCUGCUUAGCAGACUUGCAUUUACAGAUUCAGCACUCGUUAGGUACCGUCUUUGCUGUAGAAAACGAUUGGACAGUAUUGAAAGUAUAUCACCACGUUUCAACACUAGCGAAUGUGGUCAAUCGACUUGCUCACCUUGUUCAUUUGGAUGGUGUAGCUGCACCAGUCGAGGUGAGACAGAUUUAUAUAGUAUCCGCUUUAUUUUAUAAAACUAACUUUUUCAUUAUAUAUAUAACUAGAAUGCAGCAUCUCCUGAAGCGAUUCGAGAUAUGUGUCAAGUUGGUUUCUACAUUCCCACGGGCAGCAAGUUACUGGAGAGACUGUGCGAAGAAAUCACGCCCCUUGAUUACGCCGUGUCUGGAGGAAACACGGCGUUUUAUCGGGACCUGUGUCUCGCCAUGCUAUGUCAUUCCAGUAUUCCAUACCUGACAAUGCUUAGUGAAUGGCUUGGACUAAGCAGUAAAACCUUUUUGAGUACCACCUCCAACGACGACCAUUUUUCAAGUACCACAUCAUCAAGC